CAGGGUUUGGCCUCCUCACGAGCAAGCGGGGGCACGAGGCAGGCUCCUUGGAAAUUGAGGAAUGCAAUUCUGCCACCAUGAUGGAAGGAUUGAAAAAACGUACAAGGAAGGCCUUUGGUAUACGCAAGAAAGAAAAGGAUACCGAUUCCACGGGGUCGCCGGACAGGGACGGCAUCCCUCUCAGCCCUCAUCCCACUGAGCCACCUUGCCAUAGCAAACCCGACAGCGUGCGGGAAGGAGGAAAAAAAAAUUCGAAGAAAAGUAAUGGGGCCCCCAAUGGAUUUUAUGCAGAGAUCGACUGGGACAGAUACAACUCCCCGGAGCUCGACGAGGAGGGGUACAGCAUCCGGCCCGAGGAGCCAGGCUCCACCAGAGGAAAGCACUUCUACUCCUCCAGCGAGUCCGAGGAGGAGGAGGAGGCCCACAAGAAGUUCAACAUCAAGAUCAAGCCGUUGCAGGCUAAAGACAUCCUGAAGAGCGCGGCGACGGUGGACGAGCUGAAGGCGUCCGUAGGCAACAUCGCACUUUCUCCAUCCCCUGUGAGGAAAAGCCCGCGGCGCAGCCCGGGGACGAUUAAGAGGAAUUUAUCCAGUGAGGAGAUCGCACGGCCCCGGCGCUCCACACCCACGCCAGACCCCAGCAGCAGGAAGCCCCCCGAGGACCCCGCCGCGCUGGCACCGCUCUUCGGGCCCCCGCUGGAGUCUGCGUUUGAGGAGCAGAAGCUGGAUGCUCCUCUGGACCAGCCCGAGAUCUGGGGCCCCAUCCAGCCCCCCAACAGCGCCGACUCCCCGAAGCUGCCGAGACCUUUCCCAACUGGAACACCGCCGCCGCUGCCACCCAAGAACGUCCCGGCCACGCCGCCCCGCACCGGCUCGCCCCUGACAGUGGCCCCAGGAAGCGACCAGCCAGCCGCCGAGGCCAAAAGUGACAAAGUGCCGUCGAUCAAUGACUUGGACAGCAUUUUUGGCCCCGUGCUGUCCCCCAAGUCUGUGGUUGUGCACACGGAAGACAAGUGGGUCAAUUUUUCCGAUCCCUCCCCGGAUAAAGUGACGGGGGCGCCGAGGCCCCGCGAGAAGGUGGCGUCCCCCCCGGCGGGGGCAGCGGGCAGCCCGGUGCCGAGCCCCCCCCGCGCCCUCCCCUCCCCGCUGCGCCUGGAGGAGCUCCAGAAGAAGGCUUUGGAGCAGCCCCACGCUAAAGAGGAGAACGCGGAGCCGGUUGCCUCCCCCAAGGAUUUUGGGCCGGGACAGAGAGCGACCCCACCACCCCCCCCGCCGCCCACCUACCGCACGGUGGUCUCAUCCCCUGGACCGGGCGCCAGCAGCGGCGCGGGAAGCCCCAGCGGUUCCUCGUCCCCGGCUCGCCCCGGCACGCCGCUGGCCGCCUGCGGCACCCCGCCACCCCCGCCGCCGCGGCCCCCCUCCCGGCCCAAGCUGCCCCCCGGCAAGCCCGCCGUCGCCGACCUGUCCAGGCCUUUUAGCCCUCCUAUUCACUCAUCCAGUCCUCCUCCGAUAGCACCUUUAGCCCGUGCUGAAAGUACUUCUUCCAUAUCUUCCACCAAUUCCCUGAGUGCAGCCACCACUCCCACAGUUGAGAAUGAACAGCCUUCCCUCGUUUGGUUUGACAGAGGAAAGUUUUAUUUGACUUUCGAAGGCUCCUCGCGGGGCCCCAGCCCGCUCACCAUGGGGGCGCAGGACACCCUGCCCGUCGCCGCCGCCUUCACCGAAACCGUCAACGCGUACUUCAAAGGGGCCGACCCCAGCAAGUGCAUCGUGAAGAUCACGGGGGAGAUGGUGCUGUCGUUCCCGGCGGGCAUCACCCGACACUUUGCCAACAACCCCGCUCCGGCGGUGCUCACCUUCCGCGUGCUGAACUACAACCGGCUGGAGCACGUCCUGCCAAACCCCCAGCUCCUCUGCUGUGACAGCACGCAGAGCGACGCCAGCACGAAGGAGUUCUGGGUCAACAUGCCAAACCUGAUGACGCACCUAAAGAAGGUAUCGGAGCAGAAACCGCAAGCCACCUAUUACAAUGUGGACAUGCUCAAGUACCAGGUAUCUGCCCAGGGUAUUCAGUCUACUCCAUUAAACCUUGCAGUGAGCUGGCGGUGUGACCCUGCAAGCACUGACCUCCGCAUCGACUACAAAUACAAUACAGAGGCAAUGACCACACCGGUAGCUCUAAACAACGUCCAGUUCCUCGUCCCCGUCGACGGAGGAGUAACCAAGCUGCAAGCCGUGCUUCCACCCGCUGUCUGGAACGCUGAGCAGCAGAGGAUAUUGUGGAAGAUCCCCGAUAUCUCUCAGAAGUCAGAAAACGGAGGCGUGGGCUCCCUGCUGGCCCGCUUCCAGCUGUCGGAGGGGCCGAGCGCCCCGGCCCCGCUGGCCGUGCAGUUCACCAGCGAGGGCAGCACCCUCUCCAGCUGCGACAUCGAGCUCGUCGGCGCCGGCUACCGCUUCUCCCUCAUCAAGAAGAGGUUCGCGGCAGGUAAAUACUUGGCCGAUAACUGAAGGAAGCUUAUGCAAGGCUGUGGGAAGUAACACGGAAAAUAACCAAGGACUGCUCUGCGUGGAACGGGUUUUAAUUGCAGUUUAAGGAAAAUGAACUAAAUCCUGCACUCGGGACAUUUCUGUUGGAAGUGUCAACAACUUUCAGCGUUCUUUUUUUUUUUUUUUCCUCGGAAAACACCGUCUUGACCAGUCCUACAGUAUUUACUUCUAGAUGUAACAUUGUUAAUGGUUUUAAAAUGUAAUUAUUGUAUUUGUAAAUUGUACUCAUUCCAGUAAGGCUGUAUUUUGGCAGUUAGACACUUGAGUUUUAGCAUUUUACCAUUCAUGAAAUGGAUGUAAUUUAAACUGUGGUAUAUAAAUUUAAUAGUAGUACUGUUGAAUGGCACAAUGCUUACAGAGGUAGAUUACAUUUUGUCAAUAUAUACGAUUUAAAUUCAAUACUGAUAGCUGUUAUAAAGGGGGUGCCUCAAAGACAGAGAGCUAAGCAGAGCCGACAUGCUGGUUUACUUUUUCUUCAGUCCUUCGUAUGAAUAAAAAGCUCGACCUUCGGGUUCAGCUGGCCGAGCUCCAGAACCACGUUUCCGUGGGCGUGGAGGCUCCUAGUGCAGCCUCCCAGCAAAAAGAAGGGGAAACGCCACUUCUGGACAGAGCAUUUCCUUCAAAUCUCCAUUGCCAGACAGCUCCGGGAGCGAGCCCGCGUGCCCCGAGCCCCGCAGGUCCGAUGUCAGGGAUCUGAAGGCGUGCAGCCCCUGCGCCCUUCCGACUCACCAAUCAGGCAGGCAAAAUACACAUAUAUAUUAAUACACAAACAUUGAAAAACUGACGCAGCCCGAGCCUCGCCCUGCCAAAAGCACCUGGCGCUGGGAUCAGCCUUCGCACGGCCUGGAGACGUCUCCGUCCUGAGGGGGUCGGGAUGUGUGCGUAGGACGGGUGCUUUGUGUGCACGCCCACGAGAAGUGCAAACACGGGAGGUGAAGCACCAGUUUUUGAGAGCAAACUCGCCGCACGGAGCACUCAGCCCCGUUAGUUAUUUCCCCCCCACAAUAGAAAUAUGUGCAAGCUGGGCAGCCCACCCCCGUCAGACACAGGGACGCAGGGCAAGAAUCUAAGAAUCAGUUUCCUCGUAAUUGGUUCAUGCUGCGUACAGUUGUGAUAAGCUCAUGCUUCCAGAAGAGAUCUAUGGCAUAGUCCUGAAAAUAAGGAUUUUAUAAUGUAAAUAUUACCAGAACGUAGAUAUUUUACUUCAUAUUUCGUUUGAAAGACAAGGUGUUUACAUUAGCAUUGGGUUUUUAGAUGCUUUUUAAACAAACAAAC